CGUAUUCUUGUUUGCCCGUAGACGACGGACUCCUUCAAUGAAAGUGUAUCUACCCGAGCGCUGCCGUUCCUCGCUCCCAGUAGCUUCAUACGUUCGGUGUUUUCAGUUCUGUUCCGACGGCCGCGCGUACAAGAGGAACGUCUGCGUCGUUUGUGCGUCCGUUUCUGAACGUUUUCUGGCCGGAAUCGACGGUUGCAGGUGUCGUACGCGCGAAUCUCUGUGAAAACCGCCGGUGUGCCCCAGGGAUCUGUUCUGGUGCCGUCCCGUUUGUGUAUAAUACCGAAGACGGUGGUGUGUUGUGUUAAGGUUCGGUUUUUCACGUUCCCCGAGCAGGAAUCUCGUGUGCCAAAGUGGAUAGCGUCUUCGCGUGGAUACUUUUAACAUCGGGAGUCAAGAAUGAAGUAGCCCACUGCGUUUGGGCGGGCCGCAUACAGGGUGGCCAAUAACCUCAGAGAGGCGCAAUGGCCCUGGACUGGAGGGUCUUGAACCUGCUGGCGCUGCUCUUUGCCUACGCUACAUCAGAACAAGUGGUUUUAUUGGACACGACGUCAGAAGAAAGUUUGGAUUGGACUAAAUUUCCUUUUGGACCCAGUGCACCGACGCCAGGGUGGGUCGAGGAGUCGUUCACCAACUUCCAGAAAGCAAUCAACUGGCGAUCUUACGUGGUCUGCGAUGUCGCCUACAACAACGUCAACAAUUGGCUGUGGACGCCCUUCAUCGACAGAGGCGUCGCGAACAGGAUCUACAUCGAGAUCAAGUUCACCAUCAGGGAUUGCAGCCUUUUUCCAGGCAACGCGCUGUCCUGCAAGGAAACUUUCAGCCUGCAUUACUACGAGUUCGACGCCGCCACCAGGGAACCGCCUCCGUGGGACGCGGAGCGCUACAAACUAAUUGGUCGCAUAGCCGCAGGGGAAGGUCGGUUCAACUCCAACAGCGAGGUCAACAUCAACACCGAAGUUAAGAGCAUUCCUGUGACGAAAAGGGGUGUAUAUUUCGCAUUCAGGGACCAAGGAGCGUGUAUUUCAUUAUUAGCUAUUAAGGUUUAUUAUAUAACUUGCCCGGAGGUGACCAUCAAUUUUGCCAAAUUUCCCGCCACGCCUACGGGCAAAGAAGUGACUGUGAUAGAACAGGCGGUGGGCACUUGCGUGGACAACGCCGAAGUUGUGGACGCCAAGCCCGUCUACCUUUGCAAGGGGGACGGAAAAUGGACACUGCCAUCUGGCGGAUGCAAGUGCAAGGCCGGCUUCCAGCCGGACAUCGAGAAACAAACGUGCGACGUUUGCACGCCUGGUACGUACAAGGCCGAGGUGGGCGACGGACUGUGCCUAAAAUGUCCGAAACACUCGCAGGGUCCUGAUUUCGGCCUGACGGAAUGCAGAUGCGACAACGGCUACUACAGGGCGCCCUCAGAUCCCAAGAACAUGUCGUGCACACAACCACCCUCGGCACCCCAGAACCUAUCGGUGAGCUUCGUGGACCAGUCCACGGUGAUCCUAACGUGGUCGGCGCCGGAAAAUCAAGGCGGCAGACACGACAUCAGGUACAGGGUGAAGUGUGACGCCUGCAGCCUGGGCCUCGUCCAGUACAGCCCCAGCCAGCCCUCUUUCAACGAGACCAGGAUCACCAUAACUGGUCUGAACGCCGUAACCACCUACCGCUUCGAGGUCUUCGCCGAGAACGGAGUCUCUUACCUCAGCACCAAGGCGCCUGAGUUCGCGGACAUAGUCAUCACCACGGAGGCGUCUAUAGGCAGCAGCAUCACCAACAUACAGGUGGUCGCGGAGAAGGGUACCGAGAUUAGUCUCUCCUGGGAUUCCCCGAACGUGGGAGACGGUUCUGACAUCGAGGGCGACAUGAUAGAGACGUUCGAGGUGCGGUGGUUCCCUAAGGGUGACGGGGACUACACCAACUCCACCAGUCUGUUGACCAACGAGCUGUCGGCCACCAUCACCGGUCUCAAGCCGAAGACGGAGUACGGGAUACAGAUCAGGGCCAAGACUCAGAGGGGAUGGGGGGCCUACUCCCCCGUGAUCUACAAGAUGACCGGGGAGGUCCUGAACACCGCCUACGUGGGCGAUCAGGAGGGACUGAGGUUGCAGCUGGUGGCCGGUGGUAUUGUGGCGGUGGUGGUGAUACUGGUGGCGGUCAUAGUGUUGACCGUGGUGUUUCUAAAGUCGAGGUCUAACGACGAGUGCAACAAGAAGCAGCCGAGCGACUGCGACACCUUGGAGUAUAGGAACGGAGAAGUGCUUAAUCUGGACAACACACCAAUCAAAAGAACCCAUGCCAACGUGACUACACCUUUGUUCACUGGUCUCGGAAGUUCAUCGAGGACUUACAUUGAUCCCCACACCUACGAGGAUCCCAAUCAAGCUGUCAGGGAAUUCGCGAGAGAGAUAGACGCCAGUUUCAUCACCAUCGAAGCGAUCAUUGGUGGCGGAGAGUUCGGGGACGUCUGCAAGGGUAAACUGAAGAUGAACAGCCUGGAGAUAGACGUGGCCAUCAAGACCCUGAAAGCCGGAUCUUUGGACAAGGCCAGGAACGAUUUCUUGACCGAAGCCUCCAUCAUGGGACAGUUUGAACACCCGAACGUCAUAUUCUUACAGGGCGUUGUCACAAAAUCGAAUCCGGUCAUGAUUAUAACCGAAUAUAUGGAAAAUGGAUCACUCGACACGUUUUUGAGGGCAAACGACGGCAAAUUCCAAGUGAUCCAGCUGGUCGGUAUGUUGCGGGGCAUAGCCUCCGGUAUGCAGUAUCUCGCUGAGAUGAACUACGUGCACAGGGAUCUCGCAGCUAGGAACGUUCUUGUGAACUCGCAGUUGGUCUGCAAAAUCGCGGAUUUCGGUCUUAGCAGGGAGAUAGAGUGCGCCACCGAAGGCGCUUACACGACCAGGACUGGGGAUCUAUGGCAUCUCUUCAAGAUGAAUUCAAUAGGUGGUAAAAUACCGGUACGAUGGACCGCACCAGAAGCCAUCGCUUUUAGGAAAUUCACGUCUGCCAGUGACGUCUGGUCGAUGGGUAUCGUGUGUUGGGAGGUUAUGUCUUACGGGGAACGUCCGUAUUGGAACUGGUCCAAUCAGGACGUCAUCAAGAGUAUAGAAAAGGGGUACAGGUUACCCGCCCCCAUGGACUGUCCGGAGGCCAUCUACCAGCUAAUGUUGGACUGCUGGCAGAAGGAGAGGACGCACAGGCCGUCCUUCCAGGCCAUCGUCAACAAUUUAGAUAAAUUAAUAAGGAUGCCGGACACGCUGAGGAAGAUGGCUCAGAAUCGCUCUCAUCCAUAUAACCCUUUCGAUUGGCACGUUAGAAUACCGCAACAAGAAGUCCACUCUGUCGAACUGUCUAACGCGCAGGAGCAAAACUGCUUCGGCACGUUGAGCCGCUGUCAAAAUUAUUCGAGACCCGCGCAGUCCGCCGCCGAACCGGUCGAUCCCCAAUUGUACCCCAACUACCACCUGCCCGACGUCAUACUGUUCCAGAACUACGGCACGCUGCCGGGCGCGCACAGCUCCUCCAACCUCCUCCAGCACUACUCGAACUUCGACCCCUACAACCUCAGGAGGUCGCUGCUCAAUUUCGAGAUGAACAAGCACUUCCGCAGCCUGCUGGAUCUGAGUGGGGACGACAAUCCGCAGGAGCAGGGUACCUCCGAGACCUGGGGCUACGAGAAGGAACGCCCCAACAGGUACCCUAAAAAGAUGACCUCAACCGAGAACAUAGAUUUGGACGGGGAGGUUUACGACGGUAGAGGGCACUACGGUACCAAUUACGACAGGAGGCACAACUCGAGGUACCACCACCCCAGGCAUCCCAGAGACGACGCGCACUUUAAGAGGAAAAAGAACCUAUCCCAGUUCUUCCCGAAGAAGCUCCAGAAGCACCUGGUUCAGAAGAUGAACAUAAACGAUCAGCACGAGGAAACAGAGAAAACCAACGAUCUUGGUUUCGCUACCCUGAGGAGGUUGGAACAGAUCAACGAGAGUAAUAGUAGGGGUGAACCCAGGCUGUAUUUCGACCUUGAAAAGCAGCGUGAGGACGGUUCUGGGUCUCCCUGCAAGACGUGGGACCAAGGCGCAGGCCUCCAGGUCAAGUUCAACGACCUGAACAAGAGGCACCAGGCGACCUUUGACGGCGGUACGAAGGUCAACGUCCAGGACAACAUGAUAGAGCUGAGGGAGCGUUUCAGCGAUCCGAAACCGGGCAACCAGGAAGACCUGGAGGAGAGCAAGGAGUUGAACGGUAGCGACGGACAGUUCUCGAAUAAUUUUGACGAGGCGAUGUUAGAGGGUUUGGACAAGGGUGGGGGCUUGGAUAGUGGCAGAGAAGAUGGUACGGCACCUAAGUACUCUUUGCAUCUGCAAGAUGGAGCUUGGGUUACCUUUAAUCACCUCAACGCGAAUGCGAUCGCGGAGGACACACAAGACUUAACCAGCUUCUGCUCGGUGGAGGAGUGGCUGAACACGAUCAAGAUGAGCAGAUACCUCGACAACUUCUUGAACGGCGGCAUCAGCACGAUGGACGACGUGCUCAGCCUGUCAGUCAAGGAGCUGAACGAGGUGGGCGUGACGAUGGUAAGCCACCAAAAAAAGAUCAUGACGAGCGUGCAAAACAUCAGGGCGCAACUGCGCAUGAGCGGCAGCGAGGGUUUCCUGGUCUAAACUCGUAUUGUGAUAGUGAAAAAAAAAAUUGGGACUUAAAGUGACAGAUCUGAAGCAGUAUUAUAAGCACUGAGACUCGUCGUCCCUGGGAAAAAAAAAGUGUAUAGUUAUUGACGUGAUACCGAGGGUUUACUGCUUGAUCUUCAUCGAGAAUUCUUCAUCGGUUCGAGACAAUAAGUUUUAUAUGUUAUCUUCGUUUCAAACUUAGUUUUCUAUCUCUAGAGUAUUCACCGCAACUAUAGCCGACUUCUCAGAAAACUACGUGCAAAUACGAUUAACGAUAUGCUUUAGUGUUUGAACAGUAUGCUCAUUUUAUCAUGUUUAUUUUUAAUUCUUCCUUUUAUUUUCGUUGUUAUGAAGGUGAGAGGCCUAAAUAUCAGAAAUCGUUGAAAUGAACAAUGAAAGCUCAAUGAUGUGUAGGCGUAAUUUUUUUUACACAGUAAUUUCUCCGGCUGCCAAACUUCAACACAAUGAUUACCACUUAAGUACGAUUUUUCGAACCUACUGUGAAUAUACGAGCAGCUAUAUAUAAUUAUUUAUUUUAUUAUAUCGGUUUUUUCUUAACAAUAUCGAUGAAUGGAAUUUGUGAUUUUGUACAUGUGUUUAGACGCUUCCUUUUAGAUUUUAUUCAUUGUUGUUUAUUUUUCGACGUUUAAAAGAUGAGGUAGAACAUAUCCGACUUACGUAAAGUAAUAAAAAAACAAUAAUUGACCUGUUAGCUCUGUAUAACGACAAAUCAUCCAGAUUUUUCAACAUCGUUUUGAUACAUGUAUACUUGUAGUAUUUUUAAACAUUAUUAUUGAUUAGUACUUGACGAAAUCAAAAUGGAUGUCCGUGGAGUUCAUUUGACCAAAAUCCCCUUUCGUUUUGACAACAACAACAAAAAUUUGAAAACGAAGAAAGGACGAAACACCAAAUAAAAAAGUUUAAGCGAGAAUCAAAUGUCCAGUUUUGUUCGAUAGUAGUGUAUCACUGUACGUAUUUUCAAGUUUUUAUAGCUACUUACUAUAUGUGGAGAUGUCCAUAGUUACGAUAAGGUAAAAGAAUUAAGACUGUUCGUCAAAAUGAAAUAAUUUAAGAGAAGAAGUAAUAUUAUUCCAAAAUAUAGCAAUAAUUGAAUGUCUUGAUGUUCAGGGGCAAAUAAUAAGACAAAAAGUGCGAGUUUGAAUGAAUGAUGAGCGGUGGGGAAAAUUUCAUUUUUUUUUGUUACCAUCUCUUCAUCUAAAGUACAAUUAUCUCACCAUCGAUUUUUUUGGCAGUUUCCCCCCCACGUCUUGUAUACAUGCGCCUAAUCUAUCUUAAGAAUCUCGAUUUAUUCUAAAGCCUGCCUGCCCUUAUCUCCUUGCACUGUAAAAGAGCUUUUCAUAUCUUCGGUGGUAUCUAACAUGAAACUGAUAUUUUUUUAAUCGAAAACUUUUAUAUUGGGAAGUUUGUUUAUUAUUUGGCCUCCACAUAAUGUACAAUCCAAAUGUAUUUAUAAAAGUGUAAAUGUACUUAAUUUUCUAUAAUGCUCAAAAUAUAUCGCCUAUUUAUGAGAAUCAAUUUUUUGGAGACCAUCCUGGGAAUCCUCAGGUACCGUAAGGUUUUCCUUCAUGCGGCCAAAAGCGAGCAUGAGAGAAAAACUGACGGUAUAAAUUCCCCUCCCCCACAUAUUUACAAGAUGCCUUUUGUACAGACGUUUAUACAUAAAAAAUUUACAGUCAACAUAUUUUUCCCAGGAUGGGGUCCUUCUUGUUGAAAUUGUUAAGUGAAAUAUUUGACUGAAAAUGUAGGUAUCUCUCUUUUUAAUAUUUAUUAUUAUUUUUACUUUCUAACAUUCCACAAUCUUCGUUUUUCUUUUUAUAUUUCACUGACUGCCUCAACGAUGGGACUGUUUUUGCUCCUAUAAGUUCAAAACUAGAGAAAAUAUCAACCGAUGAAUAUAUUUAAAACAAUUUUAAAGAUGUCGAAACAACGAAAUGAAAUAUUGAAUGUCAGUGAAAUAUAUUACGCAUAUAUUAUAUCAAAUUAAGUUUACUGUUCUGAGUGAUGUGAUAAAAAUGUUAUAAGUGAAAACAGACAAGUUUUAUUUGAGUUACACCGAUACGACAGGGAUUCCGUUUGGCAAUUUUUCUUCGGGGAAAGGUGAAACAUGGAUGGUUUCAUUUAUAACGUUUGGUUGUAACUUGAACUUUUGUAUUUCCAUAUUCUCUCAAGAAAUUUAAUGUAAAAUUGUAAAAUAUUUGUAAUAUAUCAUUAUUCAUUAUAAAAUAGCUUGAAUAUUAA